AUGGCGCCAUCACUAAUUACCUACAUUCUCCUAGCUCUCCCCUUCAUCCUAGCCUUCCUUGUCCACAACCGCAAGAAAAUUAGGUCGAACCAGGCUCGUCUCCCACCCGGCCCGACCGGUCUUCCCUUCAUCGGAAACCUGCUCCAGCUUGAUCCCGCCGCCCCUCAUCGCUAUCUAUGGCAGCUCUCCAAAAAACACGGCCCCUUGACUUCCCUCAGGCUCGCUUCUGCCCGUGUCGUCGUCGCCUCCACCGCCGAGAUGGCCCAACAGGUGAUGAAAUCUCAGGACCUCAUCUUCUGCAGCCGGCCAACCGCAAUCGGCACGCUGAAGCUGUCCUACGGCGGCAGCGGCGGAUCCAGGAUUUAG